AUGGACCAAGUGCUCAUUAAAAACGAGCUGAUGCUUGGCAUGAACAAUGCCACGAAUUAUUCCGAAUGGCUUCAGUUUGCCUCGCAAUUGGAUAUCUUGGAAGACACCUCGUCCGUGUAUGAUUAUGAACUGCUUUCUCGCCGAUUGGAAGAAAUGCAAAGCGCCUACUCUUGGGCAGAUGUCAAUGCUGUCGCAUUUUUGCUUCGAACAAGCAUGUCAAGAAAUAUCGGCAACAUUGGCGCAAAAGAGCUGUACCGGUACUCUAGAAUAGGCACGAAAUCAUUGAUCGAAAAAUACUUGAAGCAAACGUCUUCGCUGAUUGAUUAUGUGGUGUCGCAAGAGUCUUAUUUUCAAAACAUCUCGCCGCCACAGCUGGACGGCCGAAUACAUGGGCUACCUUUAUAUUUGCCUUCAGAAGCCACGGAAGUUUCUUCCGUUUCAAGAUCCCCAAUUCCUGCGUCCGGCAAAAACGAUUCGUUUCACAACAUUUCCUCUGCCGACCUGAUAAUGAGGCAGCUAUCUUUCUUUUCUGACUUGCGACAUACACUUGGAAACUCUGCAUUGAUGUUAUCCGGCGGCGCUACGCUUGGCAUCCAUCAUAUUGGCGUACUCAAAUGCUUGUAUGAGCAAAAAAUGCUACCUCGCAUCCUAUGUGGGUCGUCAGCGGGGGCCAUCGUGGCCUCCAUGGUAGCUAUUCGUUUGGAUUCUGAACUUCAAGAAAUCCUUGCAUCCCUUGACGACGUUUCUUGGCAUUUCUUUGAAGGCCCAGAUCAACACCUCAAACAUACCACCUUUCCGUUGGCCAGAUUCGCCAGGCAGCUUAUCCGGCUCAUACGAGAUGGCGCCGUUUUCGAUAGCGACGUUCUCUCCGAAUUUUUGCGUGAACAUGUCGGUGCAACGGUCACCUUUCUAGAGGCCUACAAUCGCACCCGACGCGUUUUGAAUGUUGCCGUGUCAUCGACCACGCCAUAUGAAAUGCCUCGCCUUUUGAAUUAUUUGACAUCACCAUAUGUGCUGAUUUGGACGGCAGUUGCUGCGUCUUGUGCAGCUCCAACUCUCUUUAAAUCCAGUAGGAUUCUUGUAAAAACCCCGUCUGGGGAAAUCAUCCCAUGGUCGGGCUCGGAUGAUGCAACUUGGAUGGACGGGUCUGUUGAAAAUGACCUUCCAAUAUCCAGAAUUGCACACCUGUUUAAUGUUAAUCCACACGUGGUCCCUUUUCUCACAAAGGGCGGUAUCCGCGAAUCAAGGCUUGAUUCGUUUAAACGCAUUGUGUGCCAUGUGUUGAGGGAAGAAAUCCUUUUUAGGCUCCCAAUGCUGAUUGAUUUUGGCCUUGUUCCCAGACGGCUGGGCGUCUUUUUAAGAAACAUCCUCUCUCAAAAGUACGAAGGCGAUGUGACAAUUGUUCCAAGCACCAUAGCCUUGACAGACUUGCUGAAUAUUUUUACGGCUCCCACUUCAGACAGGGUCCAUUCAGCGGUUUUACGAGGCGAGCAUGCCACUUGGCCAUAUCUUGCCUUCAUCCGUUCCCAGACCUAUGUGGAGAUGAAAUUAGACAGGGUACUUUAUGCGCUAAAGUGCAGAUUGUUAGAGCAGUCUUGGAGCCGUGCCCCACGGGAGCUUCUGAGGCCGAUUGGGUUCACCCCAUCAGCCGAGCUUGACAAAAAUGGGUCUCCAAGCAACUCGAAUGCAAACGACAGCUCUGUUGUAUGGAACGAAGAGGCCGCCGUGCCUCCUCUGUUGGGUGAACUGGGUUGGAAAUACCCUAGCAAUCGAAUUUCGCCUUUUCUUAACCACACCAGCUAUCCAAGGAGUAGAUAG